UAUUACACACUAGUGUAUGCCCAGAGUAUUGACACACAAUUGGUUUUAACACCUGGUCGCUUCGUCCAAAUCUGAAUAAUAAGGGAUUAACAGGUGUUACGCCUGGUCACUUGGCCCAAAUCUGAAUAAUAAGGGGUUACUGUCGAUUGGUCUCUAUAAAAAAACAAGGAAUUUUCGUAUUGGCUGUGUCGAACUACGCUCUUGCUGUCCUCACCGUAGAGCAACAACUGGUAGAGAUGCAACAACAUUUCGCGGAAUUGAAGAGCGUUUUGACAGCGAAAGAUAUUCAGUUAGAAGAAUUUAAGCAACAGCAUAAAAAAAGUGUGGAAAAAUUAGGAGACCAACUAACUCAUUUGGAAGCAGAAGCGUCACAAAUGAAAGCUCAGCUUGCUGAAAUGGAUGCUCAAACGAGACAACAAAAAUCACUUCCAACUGCUCAACAGAGCCGAAGUGAAAGCAACAAUAAACAUAGCUUUGAAUUAGAAGAAGAGAACGCUAGUGUUCUCAGGCAGGGAAAACUGAAAAUUCCACGAUCAUGUGCGGAUUUAAAGACAAUAGGACAGCCUUCCAGCGGAAUCAACUUGAUUAUCGGAGCUAAAUAUAUCGAAACUGUUUUAUGCGACUUCCGUAAACAGCCAAACGAUCCUAGUUUCCAGACGUUUAUUGGCUAUGCUGAAAUUAAGUCAUCGCCUACCUAUUUCUACGUCCAGAAAAACCGAUCUUUCGAUAAGAAAAACACUCCCCUUCCAUUCGAAGUUGCUCAGGUCAAUAUCGGAGGAGCUAUGGAUUUACCAUCAGGGAAAUUCACGGCUCCUCGCGCGGGAAUUUACUUUUUCUCCUUCUCUGGACUUGUGCAAUUCCCGGAAUCGUCAACGCUCGUCUUCAGUUACGGGGCACGUCUGCUGUUGAACGGCAAAGAAGUCGGGAGAGGAUGGGUUGAAGAGGCCAAUACCAAAGCAACUCAAAACAGUCCGCUAACACUGCAAUCUACAUUGAAUUUACAAGCGGGAGAUAAAGUUUGGGUAGAGCUCACGGCGUGGGAAUCGUAUGGAGAGUAUCUCUAUGACGACCCUUCCCAUUACACUCACUUUUCGGGAUUGCUUCUAUCUGAAGAAAUUUCACGCUCGAUUAAGACGGCUUAAUCAAAAUGGAAAGGGCGUGAAUUCAAAAACGCAAAAAGUUUCGAUUUUAAGAAAGGGUAAUGGUUAUUUGGGGAGUUUUGAGAAUUUUAAAAUACACUGCAUGAUUAAUCAA